AUGGCCUUUCUCUUCGAGUCAAAGAAUUCAAAUCUAGCCAAACUCGCCAUUCGUCUCCAACGCGAAGACAUCGAAGCACUCACAACCGACAAUGAGGACACCGACUUUACUCUCAACCUACAGCUCCAAGAAUUGAGUAUAGCAGAAACCCUCAUCGCCGACCUAGACCGAGACCGCGAGCUCGCUCUUGCCCUAGCAGUGACUCGCCACGAAGCAAUCGCCGCACUCUUGACUUCCCCUUGUGACCACCACUUUUACUGUUUCGAGUGUCUGGCAAACUUCUUCGAGUACACUAUCGGUGAUGAAUCGCUGUAUCCGCCAAAAUGCUGUGAUCGUGAGAUUGUCUUUGACAAUAUAAAGACCCUACUCGACGAUAAGCUUGUUGCAAGAUAUACCGAGAAGAAGAUUGAGUACGACACCGAGCCCACAAAGAGAACUUACUGCUGUGGUUCUAACUGUAAGGCCUUUGUUCCGGAGACUGGCAUCGAAGAUGAAGUGGCAACUUGCCGUGAUUGCGGCAAGAGAACUUGCACCAUUUGCAAGGAAGCAGCCCACCGUGGCGACUGCCCCAAAGACGAGGACACUCAAAGUCUGCUCGAGCUGGCCGAGCAUGAGGGCUGGCAGCGUUGCUACAACACAAAGUGCCACCGUGUGGUUGCUCUGACGGCUGGUUGUGAGUUGUCGCUGAUACUUAGAUUUGGAUUGUAA